UACAAAACUUAUCGGAUUUAAAGAUGAUAAGUGUACAAAAUUAAAAUACAAAAGUAAUUGACAUUUGAGGAAGAUUAAAGCCACCUUUAAUAAUUGUAUACCGCGGUAGGUCGUUUUCAAGUGUUUUGUGGCGAUGCAUCUUUAUGCAGUAGUGGUAGUAUUCUAACACUAAAAUUGAGAAUUUUUAAAUUUAAAACAAAGUAACACUGAAGAAUUUGUCUUAGGAAAUGUGAUCAUAACCCAUUUAAAUCCGAUGGAUUCUAGUAAGUCAUGCACCACUUCGAUAAUCGAUACAAUUUUUGAUAAACAACAAAAUUUAUCAUAUUAAUACUUAUCAAACUUCCGCUUGCUUAAAUUAAAAACGACUAAAUCAUUCAAACCUCGCAAACUAGGAACAUGUGUGAUAUAUAUCAUGGAUGAAAUAUAUUAAUUCCAAAGAGGAUGGCGCUGAAAACAAUCAUUCAAGGAGCUUUUUUCUUGCUAGUGUGUGGCUAUGUGUGCGAUGCAGACCUUGACAAGUGUUCGAGAAAAGCAUGUAGGGACACAAACAUGUGUCAAGAAGCCCACGGCGUAUGCACGUGUCAAAUGGGUUAUUCACUAAAUGCUACUACUGGGUUAUGUGACGACUUGGACGAAUGCGCCAAUUAUUUCCAUGACCCGUGCGGACACAGAGGGCGCUGUAACAACAAUGUUGGAAGUUAUAUCUGUGAAUGCCUUGCCGGAUGGAAACAGACAGAACAUUGCUCCCCCAACAUAUCUGAAAACUUUGUUUGCAUGCCUGGCUAUUCGGGAGACAACUGUAAAGACACAGUCUGUGGAGACCAUGGCUAUACUAAAGCACUCAAUGAGAACGAGUUCAUAUGUAUAUGCAGUCAUGGUUGGCAAAACAAUCUCGGCGAUCAACAUAGUGUUUGUAACACAGAUGUAGACGAAUGCACGAUUCCUGGUGUUUGUAAUCACAUAGGGCGCUGUACAAAUACACCAGGUAGUUUUACGUGCGACUGCUAUCCACCUUGGACCGGAAGCGACUGUUCGGCAUAUAAUUGUACGAACGGAAAAUGUCAUAAUGGAGGAACGUGCGAAGAAAGUGUUUGCUCAUGUUUAUACCCUUGGACGGGAAAAAACUGCGCUGAACAAAUCAACGACGUCCAUACUGACGUGACGAAAGAUCGAAACACAUACUUGUUAGAUUCCCUACACCUUUCAGACAGGACAUUUCUGUACAUCACGUUUGGAGUAGUUGGCCUACUGCUGCUGGUUGUAGUUGUGCUCUCGCGAUCUUUGUGUCAAAAGAGAAGUCUCUCGAAAAAGAUAUCAGCUUCGUCGCAACAACAUACAGAGUUUGCAACGUCGAUGAAAUGAACAAGACGUGAGCCCACUCUAUUGAAUAAGAUAUCUGUGUUAAAUAUGUGCAUAUUUUCAUUGUAAAGACUUAACUCAAACGAACAUAUAAAUGUUAGUCUUAGCAAAAUGAUGACCUGUUUUAAUACAAUACGUAUUCUUUCAUGUAAAAGACAGAUAUUAGUCUAUAACGAUGUUGUAAAAAGAAUACUGUUAAGAACAUAACAUACAUCAAAAUGCCAAAAAGAUUAUUCGAGAUAUGUUUCAAGUGGAAUACAUGCCAAAAAAAUCGCCUAAUUGAGAACUUUACUUCAUAAUAGUCACCUGAUCGAUAGUGCGCAUUACAAAAGCGUGCACUAUUGUAAUAUUGUAAUAUUUAUAUAUUCUAAAUAGUUUUUUCAUUAUACCAAAAAGCGAUUUCGGUAUAUUAUGUUUAUGUUAACAAAUAAAUAUUCAAUGACCAUCAAGCACUAA